AUGGCAGGGGAUGUGCGGCGAGGAGAGCGGAGGCGCGGCGAGGAGAGCGGAGGCGCGGCGAGGAGAGCGGAGGCAAGGGGAGGCGAACGUAGUUUUCUGACUACUACUAACAAGACUGGUGAGGCCCCGCGGUUUUCCCCUUCACCCCACGCUGCGAGUUUAGCUUUGCGGAGCUACAUGCCGCAACUGGUUCGGGUUGCAAUGGACACUUGGGGAAAUGAUGAGAUGAUGGCAAUCAAGUUGCAGCUAAGCGCAAAAUACUCCCCUCGUCGCCCUCGCCAAUGCCCCGAAACUCCCUCCCGUCGCGCAUCCUCUCUCCCAUCCCAUCGCCCCCCUCGUCGCCCUCGCCAACGAAUCAAAACUCCCUCCCGUCGCCCACCUCUCUCCCAUCCCGUCGCUCCCCUCGUCGCCCUCGCCAACGCCUCGAAACUCCCUCCCGUCGCGCAUCCUCUCUCCCAUCCCAUCGCCCCCCUCGUCGCCCUCGCCAACGAAUCAAAACUCCCUCCCGUCGCCCACCUCUCUCCCAUCCCGUCGCUCCCCUCGUCGCCCUCGCCAACGCCUCGAAACUCCCUCCCGUCGCCCACCCCUCUCCCAUCUCGUCGCUCCCCUCGUCGCCCUCGCCAACGCCCCGAAACUCCCUCCGUACGCGCAUCCUCUCUCCCAUCCCGUCGCUCCCCUCGUCGCCCUCGCCAACGCCCCGAAACUCCCUCCCGUCGCGCAUCCUCUCUCCCAUCCCAUCGCUCCCCUCGUCCCCCGUUUCAAACGCCUCAAAACUCCCUCCCGUCGCCCACCUCUCUCCCAUCCCGUCGCUCCCCUCGUCGCCCUCGCCAACUCCCCGAAACUCCCUCCCGUCGCCCUUGCUCUCUCUCCGUAGCCCAUGCUCUCUCUCCAUCGCCCUUGCUCUCUCUCCGUCGCCCUUGCUCUCUCUCCGUCGCCCUUGAUUUCUCUCCGUCGCCCUUGCUCUCUCUCCGUCGCCCUUGCCCUCUCUCCGUCGCCCCUGCUCUCUCUCCGUCGCCCUUGCUCUCUCUGCGUCGCCAUUUCUCUCUCCCGUCGCGUGUUCUCUCUCCCGUUGCCCUUUCUCUCUCCCGUUGCCCUUUUUCUCUCUCGUUGCCCUUCCACCCUCCCGUUACCCUUCCUCUCUCCCGUCGCCUAUCCUCUCCCCCGUCGCCCUUUCUCUCUCCCGGCGCCCUUGCUCUCUCCCGAUUCCUAUCCUCUCUCCCCUCCUCUCACGUUGCCCUCGAUGCAGUCGUCACCUUUCCUCUCUCCCCUCCCGUCACCCACCUCGGCGCUUUCGCGCUCGGCCCGAAAUGCCUGCAAGUCGCCCCUUGUUUUUCCCCUCCCAUCUCCCAACACCCUACCGUUCCGCACGUUUCGCUUUCUGCUUUUCCUAUGCCAUUUUUGCCGCCCCAGCAGGCACAUGUCUAUGGCGUUUGUUGUGCGUGA